GAAAUUGUGCAACAUGGCGGAAGGGCUGGGCGUUUUACGCUCCCGACACCCCGUCCCUCGUUCUUUUCUCGCCUCGACUGUGGAAAAGUGAAAAAUAUCGAAGUCCGCGCCCGACCAGGAGACGCCGCCGAAACGAAGUGAUACUUUAAUUUUUGAGUCAUCCAAGUUUGGUCACAUAGAGUAAUGGGAUCUCAGCGAUUCUGCCUCAGAUGGAACAACCAUCAAAGCAAUCUUCUGUCCGUCUUCGACCAGCUGCUCCACGACGAGGCCUUCGUGGACGUCACGCUAGCUGUCGAAGGGCAGUUUUUACGAGCUCACAAAAUGGUGCUCUCGGCCUGCAGUCCUUACUUCCAGGCAUUAUUUGUAGGCCACCCGGAUAAACAUCCAAUUGUAAUUCUCAAAGACGUUCCGUAUUCAGACAUGAGGUCUCUCCUCGAUUUUAUGUACAGGGGAGAAGUCAGUGUCGACCAAGACAGGUUGACGGCUUUUCUCAAAGUGGCCGAAUCAUUGAGAAUAAAGGGGCUGACUGAGGUGAACGAAGAAAGGUGCGACUUGCCUUCAAUCGCCAAUUCGUUAUUAAAUCAAGCUCUUCCACCGCCACCACCACCGCCUCCGCCGCCGCCCAACCUACACAGGAUUCUCCUUCCGCAGCAUAAAAGGCACUACUUCCACCAGAAUGCCAUGCUGAAUUCUGCGCUCACAGCACCGCGGCGGAAAAGGGGCAGGCCAAGGAAGUUGUCAGGAAGCAGUUCUGGCAACCCUACGGAUGAAAACGACGAGUCAAAGCACAACAACGUUGAAAACCAUGUUGAUCAGUUGGUGAUUAAAUCCCAAGGCGGUGCACAGCAGCCUGAAGCCAUGGUUCAAAACGAUAACACGACAAGAGAGAGGGAAGGAUCGCCGAACGAGCCAAUUCCCCUGACGAGCCAAAGCGCGAACGCAAGCCCCCAGUGCCUUCAAAAUCCCGCUGGCAAUAGUUCAACGGCCAGUGAAGGGCCUGUCAGCGAUAAUCAGAGUCCCGAUGAUAAGAUGGACAUCAAUGAACUUCCCGACGAUGCAGAUUCACCCGAAGAAGGCGAUGAGACUGAAAAUUUUAACACAAAAGUAGAAGAGCCUAAACCGAGCACUUCUGGUCAAGAUUCGAUGUCUCCUUUUCCCAGUUCCGGCGUCCCGCCUCACCAAGAAGGAGGUGGAGAAAGGUAUUCGGCAUCAGAAGAGUGUCUCCAGUCAGUCAGCGUAUCCAUCUGUGAGGAUGUCUCCAUAACGCCUGCUUCUCCUGGAUUUCAGAGGCUAGAUGCGUCUCCUACAUCUGAAGACGUUGUAAUAACACCUAUACGAGUAAGUGAAACAUCGCCAGUGCAGUUUGCCCCGGGAGUCCAUUUCCUUAGCCACGAAUCGAUACUCCAGCCAAAAGAGGAGCCGUUGGACGACCUCGACGAUGACUCGAGCGAGGGGAUGAUUCCUGGCAGGAGAGAUCUCUUAGAGUACUUGAUCAACGAGGACGGGUCAGUGGUUUGUAAGUGGUGUGGUGAACUGUUGCCCUCUAGGACGCACUGGUACAGGCACAAGUACAAAUUCCAUAUAUCUAAUCCUCCAGGGACGUCGAGUCUGUUCAAGUGCUACAGGUGUAAUGUUUUUUUUAAAUCGCGUAAAGGAUACUUAGGCCAUGUCAGUUCGAGGCAUUCUAAAAUCGAGCAGAAUGUAGUUUUUGAAAGGGACGAUCUCAAGCCUUGCCGCCGUGGUAGACGGAUGAGCGAGGAUUUCCAGGGCAACCCGGAAGAAUAUGAAAAACAGAGGGAGAAGGAGGAGAAAUUAGUGGCGGACAUAAUCGACCGGGUUAAAAGGGAAUGCGAGGCACAAGGGUCAACAGUUACUAGAAAAGGCUAUUCACGAAGGUCUACCAUUAUGAAUUCUUGACAAGAGUAAAACGUCAUUUAAAUUUUUUUUUAUGUAAAAGAAAUUAGUGUAGACACCUCCUAACCCUUCAAUUUUAAGAGAAAAUUGAAAAGCCUUGGCUCUAAAAGUUAUACUUAUUCAUCAACAUGUGUCUGUUUUAAUAAUAUCUUUCUAUUAAUAUUAAAAUAUCUUGUGAAAUAUUGUGUUGAGGUCUGUGAGGUUAGCUGUCUGUACUAGUCCGCUUUUUCCACUGAUUUUGUUCAUCACGUGCAUUCUGUCAUUUCAGUCAAAGGUUGAUUUUUCCUGCCAUACUCAACGUACUUCACAUACCAAUGGCUGAAGUUUUAAAGUCAAAAUCAGCAAGAAUAGGUUGAUCUGCGAUGAAGCUAAAAUAAUGAAAAUAUUGAUUCCCAAUAAAGAAAGCUGUCCUGUCAAACUAAAAAUACAACAAAUUACAAUUCAAUUUAAAAAUGUAUUCAGCAUGGCAGCAUGAUUUUAGAUUUUUCGUAUUUACUGUUCAAUUUAAUUUUGUAGGCAAGACAUUU